CUGAUUGGACGGUUGAGCAGUGACUCGCGCUGACAGUCUGUAGCAGGUUGUGUGGGUGACAGCAGCUAGCAUCACAUUCACCCGUGAGACAACAACGGUUUUCUAAUUUAAGAAGAAACAGAGGGAGUAUUUAUGUUCUUCACAGCUCAACUGAACGCUUACUAAACGGAUACGACGCUUUUUCUGACCGCGGAGAGGAUGUGUGUCCCGGUAGGAGAGGGAUGAAGAUGACACCACUGUUAUGGCGAGUUGUGACAGUGUGGCUGUGUGUGGCGGUAGUCUGUAGGUACCCUAGUUUCUAUGUGGGUUGUACAGAGCCACAGCAAGAGCCUCAGAGGCCUGUGUCCUCACAGGACGUGGGUACGGAGGAAGACUCGGGGGAAGAGAGCCAUCACCAAAAGGUUGAAGAAAGCCCUCCGGCCCAGCCUCUGCCUGAAAGUGUGGAGUUGGUAGAGGAUGAUCACCAAAAAGAGGAGCCGACAACUCAAGAGGUCGACAAUGAAUACAAUCUAGAGGCCUUCGAUGCAGAGAUAAUCACUAUAAAGGAAGAGUCGGAGGAAGACAAAGGAAUUUCACAAACUGAGUCAGAACAUGAGCUAGACUCAGAAAAUCAACCUCCUGGAUCCUCCAUCGCUGAAGAACAGCAGCCUGCCUUCCUGCUGCCGUCAUCUGAUCUUGUCUCUGCUGUUUCUACUGAGCUUAUAGAUGAUCUUAGCACCCUUAACCCAGAUGACAACAUCCCAAACAGUGUUCCAGAUGUUUCAUCUGAUGAAACUGCACCUGAGGUCACUGAUUCUGAUCUGCCUCCAGCCGACUGUGAAGAAGAGAACAACCCGUACGACAAUGACAGCAGUCCUCCAAUUGUUCUGGAGAACUCCUCCAACGCUCACACAACGGGUACCCACACUGCCCCUCCUUUGAGUCCUCCAGCCAGUCAGAGCUCACCGCACCUGGACACCAACACAUCACACGGGCUGAAAGAGCAGGACCCGAGCUCCUCUGCUGCCCCAGACACAGAUUCCAGUGUGAGCGCUAAAGACCCCGAGGACAUCCCCACUUUUGAUGAGUGGAAGCGGAAGGAGAUGGAGGUGGAGAAAGAAAAAACUCAGUCUACUCACACUUCCAACAACGGGGCUGCUACUGUGGUGAAGAAGGUCCAGAAGAACUUCAACAACUACGCCUCAGUGGAGUGUGGGGCAAAGAUCCUUGGUUCUAACCCAGAGGCAAAGAGCACCUCGGCGAUACUAAUGGAGAACAUGGACCUGUACAUGCUUAACCCCUGCAGUAAUAAAAUCUGGUUCAUCAUUGAGCUCUGUGAGCCCAUCCAGGUGAAACAGCUCGACAUCGCCAACUUUGAACUCUUCUCCUCCACUCCAAAAGACUUUCUGGUGUCCAUCAGUGAUAGGUAUCCAACAAAUAAAUGGUUAAAGCUUGGAACAUUUCACGGCCGUGAUGAACGCACAGUCCAGAGUUUCCCUUUAGAUGAGCAUCUUUAUGCAAAAUAUGUGAAGAUGUUCACCAAGUACAUAAAGGUCGAACUGCUGUCUCACUUUGGUUCUGAGCACUUUUGCCCCCUCAGCCUCAUAAGAGUGUUUGGCACGAGCAUGGUGGAAGAGUACGAUGACUUAGCUGAUCCCCCAGAAAGACCAGAGGACCUGGAUGAUGACUCGGAUUAUCCUCCUGGAUACUCAUCGAGUGAGGUCAAGUUAUCAAAGAAUCUGAUUGGUUCAGCUAAAGAUGUCAUUUUGAACAUGGUGAAUAACAUUGCUGUGAAUGUUCUCGGUGGAACUCAAGAGAUGCAAGGCAACCUUUCAUCACAGGAAGUGAACAUGACUGAGCCAUCGACACAACUUGAAACUGCCUCACCAACACCCACUACAGACUUCACUUUAGUUCCUGACCACAAAGAAGAAGAAGUUCUAUCAGACCCUGAUAUCCCUCCGACUGUAGCUCCCUCCUCAGAGACCCCUGAGCCAGAGACUCCUGCAGCUGAUAUCAGCGAACAAGAGCUCCCCCCAGUGGAGGAAAGCAUUAUCACUCCUGUGGAGAAAGAUCAGGAGGCACCAAUUAGCUCUACAAUUAUCCUUUUAGACAAAGAGGAAGAGUUGGAUGAAGAAAAAGAGGAAAUCAAUCUGUAUAAGCGACGACAAGAAAUCAAAAUCUACUGUUCUAUUCUUCCGUCUAUCUCUUCCUCAUGCUCUUGCGCAGCCUCCCUCCAGGAGUAUCUCCAUCGGCAGUGUUCAGCGCUGCUGUCCAAAAAAAGAAAAUGCCAAACAAUCAACAGAAAACAAAUAAUUCCCCCCAUCCAAACACCCAUUUGGCUACUCCCUACGCCCCCUUCCUCCUGCCUGGAACCUCAGAAGCACCAUAGUGAGGUGCAUCAGCCCCAUGAAAAAGAACAAGUUUCUGAACAGGAGCCAGAGAGCGGAGCCAGCACAUCACAAACACCACCACCUCCUCCUCCUGACACCACAGCAGAGUCUCAUAGCGAGUCCAUGUUCGAACCUCCUCUGCUGGAGCCCAGUCAAACCCCAAACCUCCCUACGCCCAGUGCCACCGACUCAUCCUCUGCCAAUCCCACCCCUAUUGUGGAAACGCCGCAGCUGUCUUCAGAAGAGCCAUCAAGAGAGCUGAGGCCAGAGAAGAGCCAGGAUGUGCUGGAUGAGGAGAAGCAUGCCGAGCCUUCAGCUUCUCUCAGUAGCUCUUCCAUCAACACACAGCCCAGCGUCAGUGCGUCAGUCAACGAUUCUUCACAGGCUCCAGCAGAGGAAAAGUCUGAUACUGAUGCUCCUCAGCUGGAGAUAGUAACCCCAGUACAAAUCCCAGAGAAAAAGGAUCAAACCAAAGUUCUCAGCCCAGCUGACUCCCCUCAUCCAGAGCGUUACCCUGACCCUCCUGCUGUAACUGAAAGCAGCACCACCUCCACUGAAUCGUCCCACCCUCCAGACAUCAUAACAGAACUUGAACCGUCGACAGAAACUAAAACAGACAAUUUCGCUGAAGAAAUGUCCGCAUCGUCCGUCGGUAACAGUCAACUGCUUCAGCCCUCUACCCCGUCUUCUUCUGCCCCAUCCCUCUCAGACAUCUACGCAGACCCCCCAAAUGGCACAGAGCAGAACGGGAACCAGGUGCACGGCUCCAGCCAGAAGGAGUCCGUGUUCAUGAGGCUCAACAACCGCAUCAAGGCGCUGGAGAUGAACAUGUCGCUUAGUGGACGCUACCUGGAGCAGCUGAGCCAGAGGUAUCGGAAGCAGAUGGAGGAGAUGCAGAAGGCGUUCAAUAAAACUAUCAUUAAACUGCAGCAUACCUCCAGAAUAGCAGGGGAGCAGGACCAGCGUCAGACUGAGUCCAUUCAGAUGCUGCAGGGCCAGCUGGAGAACAUGACUCAGCUAGUGCUCAACCUGUCCGUCAGAGUCAGCCAGCUGCAGAAUGAGGUUUCAGACCAUCAGUUGUACUUGCUGCUGUCUCUUGGGUUAUGUGUGUUACUCGGGCUGCUGCUGUUCGCCAAACGCCGCUGCAUCUCCACUAUCCCUCCAACCCCAGAACCAGAGCCACCUUUACCUAAGAGCUACUGCCAGCCUGAAAGGCAGUUCUCCUCCUGUGAUGAGGCCGGCUUGAAGAGGAGUGCAUCGUAUCCACUCAUACACUCUGAGUCAUUCCAGUUAGACGAAGACCCUGAAAACCUUCACUCAGAGGAGACUCAGAGUCUCUGUCCGGCAAACAGAAAGAGGAGACGCCGUAGGCUGAAGCCCGUAGAGAGAGUGGAGACUCUAAAACCGUCUUUGAAUGCUGCCCCUGAACUGUGUAAUGGAGCCGUUAUAUGCAAUGGUCUUCCUGUCGCCACAAACCUUCUGCCCCUCUCUCACCGGUUACUUCAGCCCCUGUUCAGAGACUCACCGUCAGAGGGCAGCUCGGAGGGAUCCUCACAUUCAGACGACCCCUCCUUCUGUGGAAUAACCACAGCUUGUCCCAGAAUCUGUGACGGGCUUCCUCCACCCAAGACCCGGGCAGAGAAACGGGCUUUAAGACGCAGGCGUCCUAAACCCAGCUGUGCUGUGGUAGACUUUCUUCAGGCCCCGAGGAGGGACAAGUGUGAAUCGUUGCCCAUCUCCACCAUACAGGACCUGAUGAACAGGAAAACGGAGCAAAGCUCUGGGACAUUUGGAGUGAACGUUGCCCUCUCAGGUCCUGUUUGACAUUUGACAUCUCCACUUCUGACUGACUGCUCUCUCUUUGAAAAAGAGGAUGGAUGUUUAUUUCUGUAGCGACUGGCAGCUUUGAGCGCGCACGAGACAAUUUCUCCACUCUAAAAGGAGUUUUUUUUUUCUGUUCAUGUUCUGUUUGUUUAUAUUUGUUACACUUUGGAUCAACAAAAUGUCUUCCAAGCUUUCCAUUAAAGCUUUCCUCUUUUGUUUUGA